AUGGGGAGCGAAAGUUUAAUUCAAUCUAUCAAAAGACUCAAGCAGCUUCAUUCAAGAGCAACCAAAAGACACGUCAGACUCAUCACUUUGCUUGAUUCAAUUGAAAUUGACACCGUAAAAGUAACUUUUAUUCAGGAAUAUCCCAACAAAGUCGCCUUUGACCUCGCCUCUUUUGAGGAAUUUACAAGAAUUGCAAGUGACCUGUAUGAGCAAGAUACUGAAAAUUCUGAAAUUACUGAAGCAAUUGAAGAGAAAAUCCUGGAAAUAAGCAAAAUAAAACGAGUCACAAAGUCUUUGAAACAGCAUCUCAUACAUAUUAAAGAGAGACUUAAAAGAGAUGGAAAAAUCAUCAGCACUAACGGUAAAAGAGUUACGGCAGUUGUAAAAGAAUAUAGAGAAAGAUGCAGGAUUGGCUUUAUUGAUCAUCUCAAAAUGAUGGAUUUAGACCUUAGGAGAAUACUAAAACCUAUUGUUCCGAAUAAAGUUAUUGAUGAAAACGUUAAUUUUCCAAAGAUCAAUAAUAAUGAAAGCUUAGUGGCUUCGCUUGAAUCUUCACAAGUUUCAAAAAAACCGCCGGAGACAGUAGAAGAAGUAGAGAUUCCAGAAAUACAAGAAAUUGACCAGACGAAUGACCUGGAAAUUGAAAUCGAGAACGAAGAAAGUCAAAUUGAUAAACUAAAUGCUCACAUUGGCAUGCUGGUUAAUACUUUAGAAACGGUUGCUAAAGAUUUAAUACAAGUUUUAGGAGAAUGCAAUAGGAAAUAUUAUGAAAUUGUGAACCCUGCACAGCUAGGCUCUGGCCCUCCAACACCAUUAGCUAUGCCUUUGCCUGACUCCCCCCCCCUUUAAAUUGGAACUAAAAAUUUUGUUCCAAUUUAAAGGGGGGUUAAUUGUAUUUUUUAAAAAAAAAAUAUCAAUAUAAAAUGUUUUUUAUAAAAUAUAUAAAAAUUUCAACAAAAAAAAAUUCCAAAAACUUAUCGAAUUAGAUCAAUAAAUUUGUUUAAUAAAAUGCUAUUUACUCUUUAUCCUUUAAAACAAAGCAAGAUAUAACUAAAUUUUCAUUAUUAGUUAAUACGCCACUAUUAAUUGGUAUCAAAAUUAUUUACACAAAAAUUAUUAUUUUUAUUGAUAAAAAAAAUUAAAAAAAAAAAAAAAAUUUUAGAAAAUUUAUCGAUCAAAGUGCUAAUUUUGUUUUAAAUAAAAUAUUAUUUAUACUCUAUUCUUUAAAAUAAAGCAAGAAAUAACUAAAUUUUGAAAUUUUAUAAAGAAUUCCUAUUGAAUUUAUAUCAAAACUAUCCAAAUAAAAAAUAUCAUUUUUAUCAAAAAAAAACAAAAAUUUUUUUUAAAAUUUAGCAAUUAAGGAUAAUAAAUUUAUUUAAAUAAGAUGUUCUUUAUACUUUUUUCUUUAAAAAAGAGCAAGAUAUAACUAAAUUUUUAAUUUUAGUUAAGAAAAAACAUUUAACUUAUAUAUCAAAACUUUUAGAUAAAAAUUAUAUAUAUAAUUUUUUAUUAUAAAAUUAAAUUUUGUUCCAAUUUAAAGGGGGGUUAAUUUACCAAAAAAGUGGAAAUUUUACCGAUAUUUUGUUCCAAUUUAAAAGGGGGGAGUGAGUAUUUUACAUUCGAAAUGGGUGAAUCUCAAGAAAUAAUUCCCCAAACCCCACAAACCCCUUUAGUCCAAAAGCAGACUAUUCAAAAAAUAAAAUCAAGGCUAAAUGAGUUAAAAUCAAAAGGUGAACUAUCAACUGCUCAAUGUGACUUGUUUAAGUCAAGACUUGAAAAAAUGAUGAAAGAAGGCCAAUACGACCUAAAUAAAAUUUUCCACGAUACAAAUAUUCCAGUCACUAAACGUGAAGAAAUUGUAUUUAAACUUAUUAACCCAGAAUUUCAAGAAGCCAACGAUGUAAGCAUCCAUGAAAUCCUAGACUCUAACAGAUCAAAAGACAACCCAAAUACCCAAAGAAACGUCAAAAAAAUCGAUAAACUGAAGCCACCAAUAGUAUCUGAAGUCAAAACAACUGAAAGAAAGCAAACCCAUGAAGACGAAAACCAGAAAAAAUUGGAGUAUACUAUUGACGAAAAAUUAGAAGUCCUCCACAAUACUCCUGCAGAUACAGAAAAAAUAACACAGCAAUAUUAUACCCCUAAGGCAGAACCAACAAAAAAACCAGACAGGUUUUACAAGCAAAGAAAGUCUUUACCAGCUUCAGACAUUAAAGAGAAAAAAAUUGAUGGACUCGCCAAAAUAAAAUCCGCUUCCAAACUAGCCCAUGGAGAAAGGGUUAAGCAGGUAAGGGUCAGAUCAAGCACCCCAGUGAUGAAUAAAAGAAAAACUUCACCUUUAGGAAAAGGAAGUAUUUCUUUAUCAAGAAAAAAAGGAGCUGUAAACAAGUCUAUGAUGUAA